AUGUGUCAUAAAUUGAAAUUCAACAAAACGGAAGAUGAAAAAGAAGUGUCAAGUGCUGAUAUCGAAUUCAACUCAACUUGUUAUUCAUUUUUCGGAGAAUUCAAAGAAAAUGGAUCAUUCCAAUUUGAGGAGCCUCUCACCAUAAUUAAAUGCAAUGAAGGAGUACACCAUUGUUUUGUGGAAUUUUAUCGUCUUGCUUAUUACACUUGGUUCAACGGACAAUGUGAUGAUUCGUUUGCUUGUAUUUAUGAAUCCGAUUACGCAUUCAACAAUGGAUGUCAAGCGACACUGCAUGGUGGCGAUCGAUGUUGUUGUAGCAACAAACUAUGCAAUUUUGAUAUAAUUUUGAAAGAACGCCCUUAUUUUGCCAAGUAUCUACCACAGCAUCGAGUUUUGAAAAGCAAAAGAAUACCAUUGGAAUCAUACUGUGGGAAAAUUAAGCCAAAAGCAAAUUGGAAUUAA